AUGGCGGGGUCGUUGGUUUGGGUGGAGGCGUCGCGCACUCCCACGUGUAGCCGGCGACUGAGAGCUGAGAGUGUUGAUGGAGAAGGGGGAAUCCUCGCCGGUGGUGAUAGCGGUGCCGGAGGUGAGGGAAAAUUAGUGGCUAGGGCCUAUCUUUAGGCAAGAACAACCAGGGAAAGCCAGGGUUGUGGGAGUUCGGUUCGGCCGAGACAUGACGUAGAAGGGGAGUCGGCACCGGAGUUGAUAGUGGUGACAGAGAAGAGAGAAAAGUAGUGGUUUAGGGUGCUUUGGAGGGUGAAAUUUCGCUUUCAAGGUGGAAAGGAGACUGAUUUCCAUUUACCUUGCUGAAAGUUCGCCCAACGAGAAGUCUCCUAAUUGACACACCCAAUUUUCUGCAAAUUUUGAGGUAGGUUUUCAAGUUGCGGUGUCGCUGUUCCUUGGGCAUAUACAAGUUUUGUUUACGCUCGCUUGAAUCUUCUAAUUUUAAGUUCAAGGAUGGUUUGGACUUUGGAUGGUUGAAUGGCUCCUAUCAUAAUUUGCUAACUAAUAAGGACAAAGAAGUUUUGAUAAUUUGUAAGGAGAAGCUGACGUAUGAGCUAGGUUUUGUUGAAAAUGAUGGCAUCAUUGUCUUUGUGCUCUUUCUCUUGAAAGCUUGAUAGCCUGAUUACUCUUUUGCUCUAGAAAAGAUAGGGUAAGGCGAUGAAAUGGAGGAUAAAAACAUGGCUCGGCUUCUAUUCAGUGCACAAUGGCAUGCUGAUAUCAUAAGGGUUUCGCUGCUUUCUGACAAGUUCUUUAUGGUAAGGAGUAAGGUGAGGUUCCUCGGAGAUUGGCUUAUUGAGGUUAGCUCUUUUAAAUCAAAAUGGAAGCUCCCCUGGAUGAUGGAAAUAGGGACGUGCAAACUUCUGGGGAUGCUGGCAUGAGUACACAUGAAGUUCAAAUUAAUCAAGAACCAUACGAAGGUUUGUCAUUUGAAUCAGAAAAGGCUGCAAGAGAAUUCUAUGAUAAUUACGCCUCACGGGAAGGAUUCACAACUCGUGUUCUUUCAUCACGAAAGUCUGAGCGAGAUGGUUCAAUCAUCUCUCGUGGACUUGGAUGUAGAGGUGUGUCUUAUAGUCGAACAAAAACUACAUUUGAGAAGCAAGAUCGACAAAAUGUUUGUACAGCAAUGAUUCUGUUGAAGAGAGAAAAGGAUGGGGAAUGGGUCAUCCGGAAAUUUGUUAGGGACCAUAAUCAUCCAGUGAUGGUUGACUUGGAGAAAACUCCUCGAACACUCGAUGAGAAGGAUAAGAAAAUUCAAGAAUUGACUGCUGAAGUGCGGAUUAAGAAGCGAUUGAGUGCAUCAUACCGGGAGCAGUUAGAAACAUUGUUGAAGGAUGUUGAAGGCCACAGUGAACAUAUCUCCAAGAAAAUCCAUUUAGUUAAUGAAACUCUUAGGAAACUUGAUGCUCGGAUGGGAAAACUUCCAGAAAUAGAUCAAUGAAUCAUGAGAAAGCACAGCUCAGACAGGUGGAUACCAAUCUGCACGCACGCACACACACCUGUAUUGCUUCUCUGGCCUAACGUGGCUCAAGAUAGAUCUCUGAUCUUUACAAAAACAAGAUUGGAUUCAAGGAGAUAGGAAGGUAAUUUUCUGAGUCUGUACAUUAUGUGAGGCAUUUUGAUUUGUCGUUGGCACAAAGCAAAAAUGGUUUCUUUAGAUUAGUUUGAGGUAAGAAUGUGAUUGUUGCAUGACGGUGCACUCAAGGGCAGAAAGUUGAUGAGACUAAUCUUGUAAAUUCAAAAGGAUUGAUGUCCGAAUUUGUAGUGUAAAAGGGAAGAUGUAAUGCAUUGAGAAAAGCAAUAAUUGUUAAAUUUUAGUAUUUAAGAAAAUCAGAAAUUGUGUAUAAUAUGUAGUUUAAGAGCUUGAUGUUAUCUUUUUGGCAC